AUGGCACAAAGAUCUGGUCUAAUUCUCUUUCCUCUGUUGUUCUUCUCAUGUCAAAUUCUUUCAUCAUCGUCUUCUUCUUAUUCGCCAAGUACGGAAGCGCAGAGGCUUAUCCGCAGUUUUAACUUGUUUCCCAGUUCCGGCGUCAACUCCGGAGGCCCUUCUUCCGUACAAUUACCCGAUGCAGUACUGUCCUCCUCAUUGGUCGAAAAGCAAUUCAGACUCCCAAUCUAUGUUGCUUCGAUUCGGAAAUUGAAUCAUUAUGUCGGCUAUUAUCGACUUCCUCACUCUAGAGAUGCAAGGCAUCGUACGAUGUUUUACUUAUUCUUUGAGUCGAGAAGGAAUAAGCUUACGGACCCAGUUGUGAUAUGGUUGUCCGGAGGACCCGGAAUUAGCUUUUUAAUAUCUAUGUUUUAUGAAAACGAGCCUUACCAUAUAACCAACAACAAUACUCUUAUCUUGAAUGACUAUGGUUGGGACCAGAUCUCGAACUUGAUCUAUGUGGAUCAGCCCAUCGGCACCGGUUUUAGCUAUAGUUCCGAUAACUCUGAUUUUCGUAAUGAUCAAGAGGGUGUUAGCAAUGACUUAUAUGACUUCUUGCAGGGUUUGGCUAUUGGAAAUGGAUUGACAGACUUGGUAAUUCAAUACAAGUCAAUGCCAGAAUAUGCUAAAAGUGUGAAUCUGAUCACAGAAUCUCAAGCCAUGGAAGUCUCCAAAUUGAUACCAGCCUGCGAGAGAGACGCAGCUAAAUGCAAUGCAAUGGGAGGAGGAGGAGAUAGCUGUAUAGAGGCGCAUUCUUCCUGUAAAGCCAUAUUCGAUCAUAUAAAGGGAUUAAUUGGUGAUAGAAAUAUUUAUGACAUUCGAAAGAGAUGUGAGAGUCACGGUUGCUAUGAUUUCUCGUAUAUGUUAAACAUAUUAAAUGAGAGAUCGGUUAGAGAAGCCCUUGGAGUUAGGAAUAUUAGUUUUGUUUCUCCGAACCGUAGUGUUUAUAAUGCGUUUCUUAAGGAUUUUUCGAGGAAUCAUGCCGCGAAAAUUCCCCCGCUUCUUGAUUAUGGAAUUAAAGUCUUGAUAUAUGCAGGAGAAUAUGAUCUCCUCUGCAAUUGGUUAGGGAACUUGUGGUGGGUUAUGAAGAUAGAAUGGUGGGGUCAGAGACAAUUCAAUGAUGCUCCCAUAACUUCGUAUAUAGUCAACGGUAAUGUUGAAGGAAAACUUAAAAGAUAUGGACCUCUAUCAUUUCUUAAGGUUUUUAACUCUGGGCAUAUGGUUUCUAUGGAUCAACCGAAAGUAGCAUUGGAGAUGCUGGAUAGAUGGACAAAAGGGCCUCUUUGA